AUGCCUGUCAUUGCUGGUCCGCCUCAGGGCCACGGCCCUUCUACCUUUGACAAGAUGAAAAUGGGCGCUAUGAUGGGAACCUCCGUCGGCAUGAUCAUGGGCUUCAUCGGCGGAGCCGUCGCAAUUUUCCAAUACGGUGCUGGACCAAACGGUGUUAUGCGUACGCUGGGCAAGUACAUGCUAGGCUCUGGGGCAACUUUUGGAAUGUUCAUGUCCAUCGGCAGUGUCAUCCGUACGGAAGGUCCAUACCACGAAGCCUGGCGUCGCGUGCACGCCAACCCUAUCAUCCUUCCUCGAGAGUCCCAAGAACGCCGAUAA